UUAUGGCGGAGCAUAAAAUUUCCCUUAAGAGUGAUGGACCACUUAAUUGAUUUAUUGCCCAUCAUUUUUCCUGACUCUCAGAUUGCAAAAAAUAUGAAAAUGAAGAGAACGAAAUGCCAAGCAAUAAUAAACAAUAUUCUAGGAGAAUCAGAAAAACAAGAUUUGUGUGCAGAUCUAAAGGAGCGAAAAUUCCCUGUCAUGAUUGAUGAAAGUACUGACAUCGGAGCGGUAAAAACUAUGUGUGUUGUGGUCAGAUAUUACUGUGCAAUAAAAGGUCGAAUUGUGAGCAGAUUUUGGGACCUAAUUCAAAUACAUGAUGGUUGCAAUACGAUGAUGGGGUGUCACAACUCUGUUUCGAGUCGGUUUAGAGCAAAAUGUCCCGGAAUUAUUGUUCUAAAAUGUUUUUGCCAUUCCCUGCAUCUUUGUGCGAGUGACGCCUGCAAACAGUUACCAGCUGAAUGUGAAAAGCUAACGCGUGAUAUCUACAAUUAUUUUGCGACCAGUAGCAAAAGACAAUCGCUAUUAAAAGAGUUUCAAGUAUUCACAGAAACAGAUAUUCACAAAAUUUUGAAACCAGCUCAAACGCGAUGGUUAUCACUAAGUGCUGUAGUGCAAAGGAUUUUGGAACAGUGGAAUGCCCUAACAUUGUUUUUUGAUGGAAGAUGGCUUGAAGACAACAAAUGUUUGGAGAUGAACAUGACAGAUAAUGAGGAUGAUGACAAUGAAUCGAACAUUUUUGAGCGACAAGAAGAAGAAGAAGACGAAGAAGAAGAAGAUAAUUAG